GAAAUGGACCCAAAGGGCUUCGUGGAGAUCGACGGAUCCUACCUGGAGGGCGGCGGACAGGCACUGCGCAACGCCCUGAGCCUUAGUUGCAUCUUGGGCAAGCCGGUGCGCGUGGUCAAGAUCCGAGCCAACCGCCCAAAGCCGGGGCUCUCGCACCAGCACCUGCACGGACUGAACCUGGUCCGAGACAUCUCCAACGCGGAUGUAGUAGGCAACGAGCUGUUCUCCACAGAAGUGGAAUUCACGCCGCGCACCAUAUUGGGAAGCAACUACCGAGUGGAUGCGCAUACGGCGGCCAGCAUCACGCUUAUCUACCAGAUGGCCCUGCCCGUCCUUCUCUUCGCCGGCGGCCCCUCGCGUCUGCACGUAACUGGGGGCACGAACGUUGCUUUUGCCCCGCAGGUGGAGUACAUGCAGCAGGUGCUGCUGCCUAACCUGCGGCGCUUCGGCGCCGGCUUCGACCUGAAGGUGCAACAACUGGGGUUCUUCCCUCGCGGCAAGGGCAGCUGCCAGCUGGACGUGCAGCCAGUGCCCAAGCUGGACGCCGGACAGUUUUUGGACUUCGGCCGGCUGCAGCUGGUCAGCGGAGUGGCUUUUUGCGCCGGCCGCCUUCCAAAGAGCAUCGCAAUGGACAUACAGCAGACGGCGCAGCGCGAGAUUCGCCGCCUGUGGCCUGACCAGGUGUGCACUAUCGAGGCGGUGAAGCACGUUCCGGAGCUAGCGCGCGACAACGGUGCUGGCAUCCUGAUGACGGCCCGCACGACUGGCGGUUGCGUCCUGGGCUCUGCCACGCUGGGUGGAAAGCGGAUCGACGGGCACGUGCUCGGCUCGGAGGCCUCCUGCCAGCUGGCCGAAUAUGUGCGCAAGGAGAUCUGCGUAGACCAACACAUGCAGGACCAGCUUAUCAUUUACAUGGCCCUGGCCGUCGGCCGAUCCCGGAUGCGCACUGGCCCCCUCACCAAGCACACGCGCACCGCCAUCCAUGUCGCCGAGCAGCUCACCGACGUCAAGUUCGAAGUGACGGUGGAGAACGCCGGACAGACAUUGGUUUCCUGCGAGGGCCUGGGACAACUCAACGAAAUGCUCUAACACUCGAUCUUUACUCUACGGUAACGUUAAAUUAUGUUUACACAUAUGGAGAAUAUACGUGGCCCUAAAGGCGUCGGAAAA